AUGCGUUUUGCGGAACCUGCCGGUUACUUCGAUAGUUUCGGUGCCUCCUUGAUGGCUUCCACGAAACACGAUCAAAGUUAUUCGUAUGAACCUGACGACUGCGAUAUGACUCUUCCCAACAAUGAGUCUCAAUUGGGUCGCCGACGACUCCCAUCAUGCUCGAGUUCCCUGAGUCUACGUUCUUUCUACCAAACCGAAGAAGAAAUGACACUGUUAUUCGAAAGCUGCUGGCGGCAAAUUGGACUGCCCGACUUUGUCACUCUGUCUCAGAUGCUUGAUUUGCUCAGCAUCUUGGAGGAACUAGUGAGAUCGCCAUUUUUCUUCACCUUAGAUGACGAUAUCGUUGGCCAUUUGAAAUCAAUUUGCAAACCUCUGCUGAUAUACAUGAAACCCGAAGCAUUCAAAAUCUUGACAAUCAUCUUAGAUGAUAUUCGUGUUUUCGAUUAUGAGACACAAACCUUUUAUGGCAAGCCUCAACCAGUCGAUCGACUUAACAAUACCAUUGAGUAUUAUGUUGAUCAAAACUAUCACAUAGUGGAAGCAAGCGAAAUUGCUGAAGAAGCUACCCGUUGUUCUUUGAAAGAUUCCCUCUCGAUACCCUUCUCUGGCUAUGAUGACACCGACAAGUUUGAGGAGAACGAAUUUGCAUACCCUUCGAGACAACGACUCUCCCCAAGUCCAUCUUUUUCUCUGGAUGCUGAAUCAAUCAUGGAGUAUUCAGGGUUUGUAAAGGGCCACGUAAGGACGGUUUCGUCGCCUAUAACUGAAGCAUCAUUUGAGCCACUUUUAGCCGUACCAUCGAAACCAAGCUUACUGAAGACCUCAUCUAGAGCAUCGCUGCAACGUACGGACAGCUUGAUUUCACCAAAAGCCUUGCUGGUGGCAGAAUUGAUGGACCGUCUACUUGAUGACUACCAAUUUGUGAAUUUGAAGUAUUCUUGCGUUGAAUAUGAGAUUAAUGUGCAUCGUGCACAUCUAUUGCACCAAGAUAAUGACUUGCUUCAUUUGUCCAAAUCCACGACCAGUCUUGAACUCAGAGUGGCUCGUCUUCGUUCAGCAAUUGACAAAUUGAAAUUGAAGCCAGUUGAAGCCGCUGUUCAGCCAACAACUGAACUCAUUCCAUUUAGCAUGCGAGAGGCUGAUGAGUCCACUACUAUUCCAGUGGUAUUUUGGUUAGCUUUGAUAGUAGUCAUCUUCGGCAUGUUCAUGGUUGACCUAUAA